AUGCGCGCGAACCAAGCUGGAAUUGCUCUAUGGUACGCUCGGCGCUGCAGUCUCCGGAGUGGUGCUGCUGGUGCUACCGACCCUGGAGUUGGAGCUGCUGCUGGUGCUGAGGACCCUGGAGCUGGAGCCGCUACUGGUGCUACCGACCCUGGAGUUGGAGCUGCUGCUGGUGCUGAGGACCCUGGAGCUGGAGCUGCGGCUGGUGCCGCGGACCCUGGAGCUGGAGCUGGUGCUGGUGCUGGUGCUGCUGGUGGUGCUGCUGGAGGUGCUGCUGGAGCUGGAGCUGCUGGGGACUCCACUGGUGCUGGAGGUGCUGCUGGUGCUGGAGCUGCUGGAGGCGCUGCUGGUGCUGGAGGUGCUGCUGGUGCUGGAGCUACUGGAGGUACUGCUGGUGCUGGAGCCGCUGGUUCAGGAGGUGCUCGUACUGGAGGUACUGGAGCUGCUGCGGGGGUUGGAGCUGGAGGUACUGGAGCUGCUGGGGUUGCUGGUGGUGCAGCGGGAGUUGGUGCUGGAGACCCUGGGGCUGAGGGUGCUGGUGCUGUCUCUGCUGGUUCAGGAGGUGCUGAGCGGCCGCGGCCGUACUACGUUCCGCUCCUUCAGCAGGUUCUUGGCCUCCCGCCCUCCACUGGUCCUUCUCCUCCCCUACUGAGUCCACCACCUGUCCAGUCGCAGUCGCAGUUACCGCUUGCCUCUCCACUGCCUGGUCCUUCUCCCUACGCUGGGCCGACUAGAGAGUCGCUUGUCCGCGCUGUCCGCGCUGGUCGUCGUGCUCCGUGUCAGCGUCCUCCUCCUGUACUUGGCACUCACUAUAUGACUCUGCGUCCUUCCACUGCUCCACAGCGUGUCCCUCUGUCGUCUCCUCCUGCGUCCUCUCUUCCUGCCCUUGCUGACCCGCCGUCAGACCUUGCUCAUGCUGCCAGUCCUACUGUCACGCGUCUUCUCGCUACUGUUGUCACUGACCCUGACUUUGAGUCAACUGCUGCGUCUGCCCUAGUUGCUGAGCUUGUUGACUUUGCUGCCGCCUGUCGUCUAGACUACGCCGCUAGCCUUGUUGCUGAGUCUGAGUCUGUCUGUCCUCCGUCCGUCGGGGGUGAGUGUGCUCUUGGCACGGACGUCCUUGAGGACAGACAGGAGGAGUUUGAGUGCUUUGCCGCUGCUUUACCUCAUCUCGUGUCCAUGCUGAUUGCCCCUGAGGGAGACCCGGAUGCACCAGACAUCCCGACCCCACGCUCUUACGCAGAGGCGAUGGAGGGUCUCUACUCCUCUCAGUGGCAGACAGCCAUGGACGCAGAGAUGGCUUCCUGGAAGUCCACACGCACCUACGUCGACGAGGUUCCCCCACCUGGGGCGAACAUCGUCAGUGGCAUGUGGAUUUUCAGGGUGAAGCGGCCGCCAGGUUCUCCGCCUGUCUUCAAGGCGCGUUACGUUGCACGAGGCUUCAGUCAGCGAGAGGGAGUUGACUUCUUCCAGACCUUCUCCCCGACCCCGAAGAUGACCACUCUUCGGGUUCUGCUGCACGUCGCUGCUCAGCGUGACUACGAGCUCCACUCUCUUGACUUCAGCACUGCGUUCCUACAGGGCAGCCUGCACGAGGAGAUCUGGCUGCGCCGCCCACCUGGCUUCACUGGGGCUCUUGCUGCUCUUGGGUUUGCUCCUUCUACUGCUGACCCGUCGCUGUUUCUACGCACCGACACCACUCUGCCGCCGUUCUACGUUCUCGUGUACGUAGACGACUUGGUCUUUGCUACUGCUGACACUGAGGCACUCGCCCACGUGAAGUCGGAGCUGCAGAAGAGACACACGUGCACAGACCUGGGUGAGCUGACAAGCUAUCUUGGCUUGCGGAUCACCCGGGACAGAGCACAGCGCACCGUCACCUUGACUCAGUCACACAUGGUGCAGCAGGUCCUUCAGCGCUUCCGCUUCACGUACUCCUCGCCUCAGCCCACUCCUCUGCCUACCGGUCACUCGCUCUCAGCUCUGCCUUCGGAUGAGUCCGUAGAGCCGAGUGGCCCGUAUCCAGAGCUUGUGGGCUGCCUCAUAUACCUGAUGACCUGCACUCGACCUGACCUUGCAUACCCUCUUAGCAUCCUAGCACGCUAUGUCGCUCCUGGCCGUCACUGGAAGGAGCACAUGGAUGCCGCUAAGAGGGUGUAG